AUGGCAUCGAUGUUGCUUCAGGGUUUUACGGUUGCGCUAUGCGCCGCUGGUCUGACUACGGCUGCUCCCACGAGACGUUCGAGUCCCUCCGGCUUCGACUGGGGUAACACCAAGAUCCAAGGUGUCAAUCUCGGUGGUUGGCUCGUUCUCGAACCAUGGAUCACCCCGAGCAUCUUCCAAGCAUACCCUCUCUCGCAAGGCAUUGUUGACGAGUACACCCUCAACCAAGUCUUGGGGACUCAGCAAGCUCACGACAACGUCCUUAAGCCUCACUGGGAUUCGUGGGUGCAGCUUGCCGAUAUUCAGAAGAUCGCGAACUCCGGCUUCAACCUCAUCCGCAUCCCCGUUGGCUACUGGGCAUACGACAACUCCGAUUCUCCCUACGCCAGUGGUGCUGCGCCAUACAUCGAUCAAGCGAUCACUUGGGCCCGUCAAGUCGGCUUGAAGGUUAUUAUUGAUCUUCACGGUGCCCCUGGUUCGCAAAAUGGCUUCGACAACUCCGGCCAGCGCAUCGCCCAACCUGGCUGGCAAUCCGGCAACACGGUUCAGAAGACCCUUGAUGUCCUCGAGACCAUCCAGACCAAAUACGGCGACUCGAGCUAUGACGAUGUUGUAGCAGGUAUCGAGCUCCUCAACGAACCGUUGAACACCGCACUCAACCCGGACACGACCAGACAAUUCGAACGUGAUGGCUAUGGUCAGCAGCGCAAGGUAUCAAACAGCCGUGUCGUCAUUCUCCAAGAUGGCUUCAUGCCACCCAGCUCCUACAACGGCUUCCUCACUCCCUCUGACAACAACGCCGAGUGGGUUGCGAUCGAUCACCACGAGUAUCAAGUCUUCACUCCUGAGCUCGUCGCUUUGGCGCCAUGGCAGCAUCGCCAAUACGUCUGCAACAACGCCGGUACCUACAGCGGUGCAGACAAGUGGACAUUCGUCGGCGAGUGGUCAGCCGCCAUGACCGACUGCGCCGCGGCUCUCAACGGCUACGGUAUCGGUGCUCGUUACGAAGGUCUCUACCCAGGCUCCUCGUACGUUGGCAGCUGCCAGAACAAGAACUUCAUCGAGACCUGGGACCAGACCAUGAGGGAUGAUACUCGUGGCUAUAUCGAGGCGCAGAUGGAGACCUUCGAGCGCUACACCCAAGGCUGGGUCUUCUGGAACUUCAAGACCGAGGCCUCGCCCGAGUGGGACGCUUUCCGCCUCAUCGAUGCCGGUAUCUUCCCUCAGCCUCUGAACAGCCGCCAGUUCGGCGCCAUCUGCAACUAA